UACAGUAUUAAGAAGUAAUAAUUAGUAAUAAUAAUAAUAAUAAUAAUAAUAAUAAUAAUAAUAAUAAUAAUAGGGCUCUUAGUAGCUGAUUUUACGCCUUAAGAUAAAUAGAAAGAAUGAGAAUCGAAUAAAAUAUAAUAUUUUAAUUGCUUUCCGUUGUAAAUUCUAUUAUUUACUUAAAUAUUACAUCUACGUUUGUUUUUCUUUUGUGACCUUUUGUCAUAAACAAGAUAUAAGGAAACCUUUACCUGUAUCUAUCUAUCUAUCAAACAAAAAAAAUAUAUAUAUAUAUAUAUAUAUAUAUUUACUUGAAUUAUUAUUAUUAUUCCACGUUGUUGGAUUAAUUAUAAAAUGAAUAAAUUGUUAAUGUGUAUUAAAUGGCAUCGCCAAGAUUAAUUUCUAAAUUUCGAAGUUUAUCUCCGAUAUCAAGUUCAAGGUAAUAAUACGCAAAACGUUAAAUUCAUUUAAAUAAAAUAUUUUAUUAGAAAACAAUUCUUGCGUUGUGUUUUGUCAUUCCAUUCAAUGAGAAGUAUCAUUUGUAGAAAUAAUACAUUGAGUCCUAGAAGUCUUCUAACAAAUAAUAAUUAUGUUAAAUCGCCGGAAAAUAAAAAUAAAUUAUCACCUUUUAAUGUUAAUACGCCUGAUAGAAAAGAAAUUCUUCGAAAUGGUCUACCUAAUAAACAACGAACCGUGUUAGGUAUUGGUGGUUUUGGUACAGUGUACAAGGCAAUGUAUAAAGGAACUCAAGUAGCUGCUAAAAUAUUGGAAAAAUCAAAGAAUAAAAAUAAUACAAUAAAUUCAGAGAAACACGCUUGUUUAUUGAGGCAUGCCAAUAUCGUCAAUAUUUUAAGCAUUGAAGAAGGUGCUGCUUUAUCAUUGAUAACAAUGGAAUUAUGUGGUACAACGUUGCAAGAUCAAUUGGAAGAGAAAGAAUUAGAUAAAAGGGAACGUGUUCGUAUUUGGAGAGAUAUAACUUGUGCUCUUCAAUUUUGUCAUAAAAUGGGUGUCGUUCAUGCCGAUGUAAAACCAAAAAAUAUUUUAAUUGGAAAUUGUGGUCAACCUAAACUUACUGAUUUUGGAAGUUCUGUGUUAAUAGAUGAAGUACACGAACAACAGAUAUCUUACGUAAUGAAAAGUACGCCAGGUUAUGCAGCACCAGAAGUCUUAUGUGGUAUGAUUCCUAGUCCUGCAGCAGACAUUUAUUCGUUAGGUGUUUUAGCUUGGCAAUUACUUUCUAGAAAGAUACCAUUUGUGGGAUUACACGUGCAUACUAUUAUAUAUUUAUCUAUAAAAGGAAAAAGACCAUCCGAUGAAGAUCUCAACGAUGAAUUUGAUGGACGAUAUAAAUCAUUGUAUAGAGAAAUGUGGUCUCAAAAAAUGAAUGUUAGACCAAUAGCAAGUAAAGUUAUCCAUAUGCUUGAUAUCUUAGCAGAUAAGUAGAUUUUAUUUAAAAUUAAAUAUUAUAUUCUAUACUUGCGAGUAUACCCGUAGCUUAUUUUUAUACAUUAUUA